CUGGGGACUUUGCGUCAAAAAAGUUACCGGAGAGGCGCCUUCUCUCUGCAAAGGUUCCAGGGACAAGGAGACACGUCAGAUCCGAGCAGCUCCAGCCUUUCCUCCCCUGAAGCCCCUGUGUAUGGCACUGACAGCCGAGGACUCCGCAUCCCCCUCCUGAAAAAGCCUCCCCAUAGACUUGCCUUUGUUAUUUAACCCGAUUCUCUCGGUUUAUUGCAGGAGAGGAGGAAUCCGGCUCGGCCGAGGAUCAUUUGCUCCUUAUUUGUUAAGACCAUUGUGUGCAAAGGAAGAGCGGGAUCAAGAAGCACACACUACACUGAUCGCCCGACUUGCUGCAACGAUUUUCUGAUUUUCUUUCGCGGAUUGUGCUCCCUGAUAAAACACUAGCAUGAUGUCUUAUCUCAAGCAACCGCCAUAUGCCGUGAAUGGGCUCAGCCUGACUACCUCCGGGAUGGAUUUGUUACAUCCGUCGGUGGGAUAUCCCGUUGCGCUACACCAGAGCCGCCAGAUAACGUGUAGUUUCUAUGAUUUUGCAGCGACCCCCAGGAAACAGAGGAGGGAAAGGACCACUUUCACCAGAGCCCAACUGGAUGUCCUCGAAGCACUUUUUGCCAAAACUCGUUACCCCGAUAUCUUCAUGAGAGAAGAAGUGGCUCUAAAAAUCAACUUGCCCGAGUCCAGAGUCCAGGUUUGGUUCAAAAACCGCCGAGCCAAGUGCCGGCAGCAGCAACAGCAGCAGCAGAAUGGGGGGCAAAACAAAGUGAGACCCUCUAAGAAGAAGCCCUCCCCGGCCAGGGAAGUGAGCUCUGAGAGCGGCACCAGCGGCCAGUUCAGCCCCCCCUGCAGCACCUCAGUUCCAGUCAUAUCGAGCAGCACAGCCCCUGUGUCCAUCUGGAGCCCGGCCUCCAUCUCUCCCCUCUCAGACCCACUCUCCACAUCAUCCUCAUGCAUGCAGAGGUCUUACCCCAUGACCUACACACAGGCAUCAGGCUACAGCCAGGGAUAUGCAGGCUCUACAUCCUACUUUGGGGGCAUGGACUGUGGAUCUUACUUGACCCCAAUGCACCAUCAACUCUCUGGAGCUGGGGCUACUCUCAGCCCAAUGGGCACCAACGCAGUGACAAGCCACCUUAACCAGUCCCCAGCUGCCCUCUCUUCCCAGGCCUAUGGGGCCUCUAGCUUGGGUUUUAACUCCACCGCUGACUGCCUGGAUUACAAAGACCAAACGGCCUCCUGGAAGCUGAACUUCAAUGCUGACUGCUUGGAUUAUAAAGACCAAACCUCUUCAUGGAAGUUCCAGGUUUUGUGAAGAACUUUCCCCUCUCCCUCUCUAUCUGCGUCAGGUGGAAAACUUUGCUGAGACAUUCCCAGCUCUGGCCCAGUCUGGUUGAACAAGUAGGAAGCAAAACACACAAAGACCAUUUAUUUCAUCCACAUAGAACCCUGGGCUGACUGGCUCUGGACUGGAUCUGGAGACAUCUCCAUGCAAUGGGAAAACAAAGGACACAUCUCUAUCCAGUGACCAGGAACCACAUGAAGUCUUUAUCUUGUUAGAUUUUAGCAGGUGGAUGAAAGAUGGAGAAGAACUAAGUGCAGCUGAGCAGCACAGGAGCCAGGCUGCAGAGUAAUUUGGGGCUGUGUGUGUAUUGGCUGCAGACUCAAGCUCUGCUCUUUCAUGGCUGCCUUCUGGCUUAGAAAGAACAUUUCAGGAUUUGAGUGAAUUGUGCAACUGAUUGUCCUAGAUGCACUACUUUAUUUAAAGAAAACAAAUUAAUAAUAAUGUUUAUAAGAAGUCAUUAUGUAGUUUUUAAAAGACAAUCAGUGUGUGUCUUAUAUAAAUGGUAAAUCUGUGGUUUUUAAUCUGUGCUAGACAUCAAAACUGUGAUCUCUUGUAUUGUAUGCAACUGUGAACUCCACACCAGCGGGGGGUCGUACUGUGAUUUAAUAACAGGUUUAUUAUUAGCAGGAAGAUUCAGGAUUUAGCGCAAAACCGAUGCCCCUUAAUAUUAUUCAAAGCGAGCGAAUGGGGCCUCUAAGGAACUGCGGUUAAACCUUUCUUUUCCUCCACCAACUCCUCCUGAGUUUAUUUUAUAUUCGACCCCGCAACGAACGCAGGGACCGGAAUCCGCAAUAUAGAAAGGAACAGGACAGAGGAUUAUUUAAUAACUAAAGGACUUGUCUGUUGUCACUGACCCUGAUAUAUUCAUUGCAAGAAGGAAUCCCUUAUGCGUUUAUGCUUGCCUUUGUGAAUUAAGAUAUAAAUAUAUAUAUAUACACACCAUAAACCUUUUCCCCUGGAUCUGGCAAAUAUGUAUAAAAAAUUUAUUAAAUGACUCUAGCACAAA